AUGUCUGGGGCAUCCAACUUUCUGGCGAAACAGAAGAAGGCAGAGCUGGUUGAGCUUGCAGACUCUCUAGGCGUAGAGCAUGAAGGAUUGAAGAAGACCGAGCUUGAGCUUGCCCUCGAGGAGCACCUCGCGAAGAACGCUUCUCGGUACUCGACCGACUCGCGCUUUACCCCCUUUUAUAACAAACGACGUUCGGAGAGCUCUCCAGUAAAGAGAGAGUCUUCCUCUGUCUUGGGAGAUGUAGAAACCAAAGCGAAGCAGGUCAGGCGCCGAGUUACAAAGGCUGCAGAUGAGUUGCUUGCGACCGACGACUCGGAGGUUGAGCCAGCAACAACACGCUCAAGGUCAGCCUUGACUAGAACUCCACGCGGCUCUGCGUUGUCAAACCUUCCGUUCGCGUCAAGUGUGCCCCUGCCUCCGUCUCCAGCAGUGGUUGCAGAAGCGAUUGAUCGCAGAACUCAAGUCAUCCGCUCUAGGGUGUCUAGUGCCUUCGAUGACUCGGGUAUCGUUGAGACAGCCCAAGCAACGCGUGAAACUCUUUCCACGGUUGUAUCUGUUGAAGGCCUCAUCAUCUUAUUCGAGCUUUAUUUCUUGCGACCCGAGCUGCUCGCCGAUCGCGAUGCAUUUACUAUCCCGCCGAUCCAGUUCUUGAAGACAUCCGAGUACCUCGUCAGGGUCCCCGACCUCUUCUUAUUGCUCACCGCAUCGUUCUGGGGCCCGGCAUUACUUUGGAGUUUUACGACCUUCUUCAUCCCGUUGUUUGCGUCUUAUUUCUUCAAUCUCACAAGCAAGCCUAAAACCCGAUCCAGCCACCAAGUGCAUUUCAAUUACGAGUUCGACCCAUUGACUUUCAACAUCGUGAAAGCCUUGUUGACAUACGUUGUCUUUGGCCAAGAUGUCACGUUUGGUGGACUGGUCAACCUCGAGCACGUAGCUCGGAUCAACUCGGCGCUCUACGGGGGCUAUCAAGGAGUCCUCGUUGGAACCGGAAUUGGGACGUUGGUUACGUUGUACGAGGCCGUCAUCAAGAAAUAA